AAUGUCAAAGACGUACACAUUAAAUAACAAAUAAAAAAAACAACAACAAAAAAACAAUCACACAUCACAGAAAUGGCGCUGCGUAGUAUUAAUAAAUUAGAAAAGUUUAUCAAGCGGUGUAGUGCGCCCACGUUAUACCAUUGCUCCAGCCGAACAACACACUCACUAAAGAACAGUAAGAGUAAAACGGGAGGAGAAGAUGGAAAUAAUAGUGACAACAGCAACAACAAUAACAACAAAAACAAUGGCAAUGGCAAAUACAGUUGGCGCUCUGCAGUGCGUUUCUUUGUACCCUUCUCGCUGGGAGCUGUGGCCAGCACGUUGGUUGCACAACGCGAAGAGUUGACACCAACGAUUUCGGCACGCCAGAUGACAGGCCGGCGGCGUGAAUUUAAUUUUAUAGCAGAUGUGGUGGGAGGCUGCGCCGACUCUGUUGUCUAUAUAGAAAUUAAAGACACGCGUCACUUUGACUACUUCAGUGGCCAGCCCAUAACGGCUUCCAAUGGUUCUGGCUUUGUGAUUGAGCAGAAUGGUCUUAUACUGACCAAUGCACAUGUGGUUAUCAACAAGCCCAAUACGAUGGUGCAGGUACGCCUAUCCGAUGGACGCACAUUUCCAGCAACCAUUGAGGAUGUGGAUCAGACCUCUGACUUGGCAACACUUCGCAUACAGGUGUCCAAUCUGCCCGUAAUGAGGCUGGGCAAAAGCAGUACCCUGCGCUCCGGCGAGUGGGUUGUGGCCUUGGGCAGCCCACUAGCUUUGAGCAACACGGUGACGGCGGGCGUUAUAAGUUCUACACAGCGUGCCUCGCAAGAGUUGGGUCUGCGCAAUCGUGACAUUAAUUACCUGCAAACGGAUGCAGCUAUAACCUUUGGCAACUCGGGUGGACCGCUGGUGAAUCUGGAUGGCGAGGCCAUUGGUGUCAACUCUAUGAAAGUCACGGCUGGCAUUAGCUUUGCCAUACCCAUUGAUUAUGUAAAAGUAUUCCUGGAACGCGCCGCUGAGCGUCGCAAGAAGGGCUCCGCCUACAAGACAGGCUAUCCGGUUAAGCGGUAUAUGGGCAUAACCAUGCUCACCCUCACGCCAGACAUUCUAUUUGAGCUGAAGUCGCGUAGCCAAAACAUGCCCAACAAUCUAAAUCACGGUGUGCUCGUGUGGAAGGUUAUUGUGGGCUCACCAGCGCAUAGUGGUGGCCUUCAGCCCGGCGACAUAGUAACCCACAUUAACAAGAAGGAGAUCAAAAACUCUUCGGAUGUCUAUGAUGCCUUGGCGGAUAACAAAAAGGAGUUGGAUAUUGUCAUACUGCGCGGCGUUAAGCAAAUGCAAGUGACUAUAACGCCAGAAGAUCCUUGAUGAUAUAAUAUAUAUAAAUUUUUGACAUUUAUAGACCAUUGCUUUGGUAUAAGCACAAAAAAAAAUUG